AGAAUUUGACUUUAAUAGGACACAAUGGAGAUAAAGGAUUCAUGUAGCCGACCCCACGUAGUGGGAUAAAGGCUUGAUGUUGUUGUUGUUGUCGUCUCUUAUACCCUCUUAUCUCUCUUUUCUCUCCUAGCUGGUGGACCCCAAAUGCUAUUUCCUUCUCUUUCCAUUGCUCUUGAUCUGCAUCACGUGGUUUUUAGCUUUUUUUGUAUGGGAAACUAUUAGUGAUAACAAUCAAAUUUUAUGUUUGUAUAUGGUUUGUUAAAACUUAUCUGCAUGCAGGCAUAUCAGUUGUCCAUACUGUGCUUUUUUUUUUUUAUUGCAUGUACAUAAGUGAAUCAUUGGAGUGUCUCUCAGAGUAUUAAUUGUCUUGUAGAAAGAAUUCCUUUUUUCUCCUGAUAGUUUAUUAUGCAGAUUGCUUAAAUGCUUAUAAUGCUUUUUUGUUUUUUGACCUUUGUCCACUAAAUGGAGAAACAUCUAGAACAGCUAUCAUCAAUUAAGUUGUGCAAAUCAAGUUGUUGUAUGCAAUACUCAUGUGCUGUAUAAUCCAAAGCGAGGAGAAAUCAAGCUGGGCCAGCUUUCUAGAUGAGAGGCCAGUUGUAGAUAUUCUUUAACAUGUCAAAAACAGAAAAAACAGCUAAAAUGAAUACUCUAAAAUAAAUGUGAGAGUUCUCCUUGAUAGAGCAUUUGCCAUCUCUCGUGCUUGGAAUGAUGCUCCGGUUAUUGUGUGCGGAGAUUUCAAUUCUAUACCGAUGAGCCCCCUAUACAAAUUUAUAGCCACGCAAAAGUUAAAUUUGUCGGGUCUAGCACGGGACCACAUAUCAGGACAAUAUUCUGCUACAUUACAGAGUAGGCCUAAAUCUUAUUACAGUUUAUAUAGACCUCAGACUUUCGGCCGUUAUGCUAGUCAAAGUACAUUUGGUGCUCAGGAAAGUUAUUGCAAAACCAGAUUAGACAGUCAAUAUAACAUGAGAAAUUCCUCUCCAACUGAGAAAGCUUCUAUGAUAUCGUAUCAAGAUGUAGAACAAAAGGCUCAUGGGCAGAUUUCACCUGGUGCUACAACCAUAAAAUUGGGGGGAACAGAAGUUGAAGUAAGUUCAACAUAUCCGGAGCUUGCAAAUAUGCACGGUAGAACAUCAGAAAUUUGCAGCCAACAUGAUAAUAUAGAUGCUGGCAAGAAUAGCGAAGAGGUUCAUAUUUUGCAUGAAUCUUGUUCUGACCACAAGGUUUCUCGAGGAUGUGCUGAUUUGGCAAAUGAAAUAAAACAGACUUCUACAUCAAACAUGGAUAAUUCAACUGCAGCACCCAUACACAACAGUGUAAGCCAUAGCUUUCAGAUGGACAGAAACACUAAUGGUAAUCCUCCACCUUUUUGUAGCUAUAAAGAAGAUUUCUCUACCGUGGAUUCUAGUAAGGUAGAUACUUUAUCUGAAGAGAAAUCUUGCACUUCUUGUGCAAUUCUAGAAGCGCACAUGGUAGAGAACAAAGAGAAUUCCAUAACUGGUUCAGCAGUUACAGAGAAGGCUGGCUCUAUUAUUACCUGCCAUUAUUCUGGUGAAGACAAUAAGCUGGAUGUAUACAAUUUUGAUGGCUCACAUGUGAGUGAUAGAAUGAGUAUUAUAUCUUGUAUUGAGGAUGAUAAAAUAAUGGGCAAUAUGGAUUCUUGUGGGCAUUGUAAAAAGGUUUCCUCAGACAAGAUCCUUGAAGAAAUACCUGUUCUUUUUGGUAAUUUAAGUGAAGAUGCAACCUCAACUAAAAACAGCCAGUCUUCUAAGCUGCCUGGUUUAGAGGAAAAUGAAGUCAGCCAGUCUCCUGAGCUGUUUGGCAUGGAGGAGAAUGCAGAUUCCAAUUUUUUUAAGGAGCUUCUCGGUGUGGAAGAUGAUAAUCAAACUUUGAAAGAUGUUAAUUCAUCAAAUGCAGAGCUUCAGGAAAAUUCAUCCUUUCCUCUAGCUAGUGCUGUUUCUAAUGUAGAGAGGCGAUUUUAUAACCCUUACUGGUGGAGCCCAAUGGAAAUGGAGAUUGCAUCAGGAAAGGAAAAAUGCACAAUUGUUGAACAUCCUUGGAAGCUAAGGAGCGUUUACACAGAUGUUGAGGAUUAUGCUGGGACAAAAGACUCAAGCAGAGAGCCUCAAGUAACUAGUUACAAUCAGCAAUUUAUGGGCACAGUUGACUACAUAUGGUGUUCUGAAGAACUUCAGACUGUUAAAGUGCUUGACACAAUUCCGAGGCAUGUCUUGCAGAGGACUCCUGGAUUUCCAACACAGAAAUGGGGAAGUGACCAUAUUGCAUUGGCCUGUGAAUUGGCAUUUUCCAAAGGUUCUCAAAACAAAUAGGCUCAACUUUCAAACUUGUUUUACAGUAUAUCUACAAUGUAAUUUUCCAUGCGAAUGUUUUAUUUUUCUUUGGCCGUGUUGUAGCGAAAUUAUUAGGGUUCUAUGCACAUAACAUUAUGUUGUUAAAACAGUUUUCCUUAUAAAGUGAAACCUAUAGUUCUGUAUAUCAUGAUUUUACUUCUUUUAUCUUUAGCAUAAUGCAACUGGAAAUCAAUCCAUGAUUUCCUAUGGGUUGAAAUGA